UAACCUGCGUGGAUAACGCGCUUCAAGUCGGGUAUUAUAGCGUCAGAGUUGAAACGCGUACGGCGUCUAAACUCCAGAUGUUGAUGUAUUGGAAGAAACUACCCACCCACGGUGAAAUGAGUCGGCGCAUCCUUAAGUAGUUGAAUAAACGUGCAGCGGUGCGGACGGGAGAACUGUGUGGGCCCUUUGAAGGAUUUGGUACUUAUAGCUCUCAUUAGCUUGUUUGGGGAAACUUGAAGCGCGACAGACACCGAGCUAAGCGCGCGGCACUGGCAGAUCAGAGAAACUACCUUGAGAUUUGUGGCGAGUUGGUGCGGGUAGUGCACCCUAGGACAUAAGAGCGCAUCAAUUUAAAUUUGAGACUUCAUGUCUGCCGGAGGUCAAUACUUCACUCAUCCAGAAACAACUUCCAAGUAGAGAAGAUAUGAUAGCUAGAAAACAACUUUUCUACCACCAAAAAAUCGAGAACUAAAGAAAUCGUUAGCUAGUUCUGAGGACCCGCAUAUUCUACCGGUUAGCCCUGAGUGGUCCCGUCUGUGGAGAAUGUGUAAUCUCGGCGGGAAGAUCUUGAUGCUUUUCCUCAUCUUUAUAAUACUUUUAUUUAAUUCCGUUUGUGGGUUUCCCACGAAGCACAAUAAUGUUGCAAGUAAGCUGAACAACGGAGUGUCGUUACAGGCACAUCAGCUCCACCACAACAGGGUCCUUCACAACCCCCAAGUGUUGGAGCAGCAGAACCAGGUGUUGGAGCAGCAGAAUCAGGUGUUGGAGCAACAAAACCAGGUGCAGAGUCUGCUGCCAGAGGACCACAGGCCGCAGAGACGCUGGUCCCCCUCCCAGCACCACCCCCUGGGGGCUCUGCCUCCACCCCCCUCCCAGCACCACCCCCUGGGGGCUCUGCCUCCACCCCCCUCCCAGCACCACCCCCUGGGGGCUCUGCCUCCACCCCCCUCCCAGCACCACCCCCUGGGGGCUCUGCCUCCACCCCCCUCCCAGCACCACCCCCUGAGAGCCCUGCCCCAGCCUCCGGCAAACCCCCUGGAGGUCAUAUCCCCACCCCACCCCCUGGGGGCCCAGCCCCAGCCCCCCUCCCACCCAUUGGAGGUCCUGCCCUCUCCCCACCUCCUGGGAGUCCUACAGCCGCCCGAGGAGGAGAACAAACCCUUCGUCCUGGACCUCAAGAACUUUCCAGACCUGGCCAACGCUGAUAUCAACUCCCACAACCCCAACAUACAGGUGACCAUUGAAGUGGUGGACGACCCUCAAAUGGAGGGGGAGAUGGAUCUAGCCAAGGAUAAAGACUGGCUCUCCUCUUCCUCCUCCUCCUCUUCCUCCUCCAUGGUGGAGCUGCUGGGGGGGAAGAAACUGUUCUGGCCUCUGUUCUGGGGCUACACGGAUGCCGACUCCAACGAAGACGGCACGGGUCGCUCAGGUCUGGAGGACGUGACUGAGGAGGAGCAGGAGGAGGAUUACCCCCUGGAGUACGGCAGCGAGGAGCCCCUUCCCAGCCGGGGGGCGGAGGACUGGGACAGUGACUGGAAUGAGGGCUGGGACGCUCCGCAGAGCUACUACGAGAAGGAGGAGAUGGAGGAGUGGACCAGCUGGACUCCUUGCUCGGCCACCUGUGGGCACGGAGAGAGGAAGAGAACAAGGCCCUGUGGGUUCUCCUGCACGCUGACUGAGGCGUCCAGGUGUGAUGUGGAGGCCUGCCCAGACGCUGUGAACACAGUGGUGGAACCCUUCCCCUUCGAGAUGGAGAACGGAACGGAACCCUUCGGCACAGACGUGGACAGCUGUGAGAAGUGGCUCAACUGCAAGAGCGACUUCCUGCAGAGGUACCUGCGCCAGGUGCUGUCCGAGCUGCCGGCCUGCCCCUGCUCCUACCCCUCCGCCUCCGCCUACACCGUGGUCAGUAUCUACGACGAGCAGCAAGGCCGCGCCUUCCGUUGGCGCGACGCCAGCGGCCCCAAGGAGCGCCUGGACGUCUACAAACCGUCGGCGAGGAGCUGCGUCCGCUCGGCGCUCUCCGGCGACGUGACGACCCUCGCCGCACAGCACUGCUGCUACGACGACCGCGGGCGUCUGAUCACAAGGGGGAAGGGCGCGGGAACGCCCAACCUCAUCAGCACCGAGUUCUCCCCCGAGCUGCACUUCAAGGUGGACGUUCUCCCGUGGAUCCUGUGCAAGGGGGACUGGAGCCGGUUCCACGCCGUGAGACCCCCCAACAAGGGCCCUGGCUGCCCGGAGAACCCGCACGAGGACGUGUUUAUGAACGAGCUGGAGGAGGCCAGGGAGUACUGAGGAGCCAAAACACACCACCAGCACCCAGCAGGGCGGAGCCCGGGGGCCUGGGCCCAAUCCUAACUUGAGACGGGAGAUGUUGGCGUGCAGACGUGUGGUUUCAUCCCUGUGUGAGACGAGAGUGGAGGGGUUCCCCCUCAAGUUAGGAUUUGGUGCAGCGUCUCUCUCCCAGAGCUUUCACGGAACGGAAAGAGAAAAAACCAGAAGAAGCCGUGUCAUAACGCUCGCCGACCUGUCGCGCCUCAUCAUGAUCUCCUUCUGAGUGUCGCUGUCUGAUACCGUGAUUCUGUGUGCAUGUAAGCAUGGCCCUCCAUUGCUAGCUUUCUGUCAGUGUUUUGGUAUUUCUUUGUGGCUGGCCGAUAUGAUUUUACUAUGUGGAACUUAAGCAUGAUGUGAUAUGACGUGAUGUAAAUGUAGGAAGUUGAGGGGGGAAAUGUACAAUUCUAACUAUAACGAUUUACUAUGCUGCUAAGAGGACGGGAUGAUUGAGUAGGUUUAACUAAAGUAGAAUGCUUGGAUUGUGGAAAACCUGAAGGGGCCGGUUAGGAUUGAACCAACCAGUCCAAGGCGACUGCCAUUUCAGUCAAGAUAAACCAACAUCUGAGAAGAAAAGACUGUUGGUACUCAGUGUUCUGAACGCAUGGAGACAUUUUGGGCGUUUCUACAGUUUUCUCAGGGGCACUGACAGUGAUGAAGAUUAGUCCUUAUACUUUACCUGUGGACCACUGUUAGAGCAACCACUUACGUACGUUCUCAUCUACAGAACACAGAGGUCACAGAGAGAUGAGAGGAUGAGAACGUUAGCCGUGUUAGGAUAAUGAAACAAUGCUCUUUUGUUUGUGGUUUUGCAAGAAAUUUAAACGUUGAUAUUAAAUGUAAUCACGGUUGAAUAUUCUGUUGAAACUGUUGGCUUCAUGUUUGUGCUCAAAACCUCUUUCAGGAAUUCUAUUUUGAAAUGUACUGCAAGCAUGCUUUACAUUUUGAAAUGUAAGUUUUCAAAAGAAGGCACUUUAUUUAAUAUACACUAUAUAUAAAUGCAUACGAAUGAUAUACCGUAUGUAUGAAUAUAAAAUGUACCCAUGUUAAUUCAUUUGUUUAUAUUAGUGUUUUUGUGAAGGGAAAAACUCGCCAGAAAUGCUGUAUUAACUUUUUAAAAGUAUGUACGUAAAUGUUCUGUCAUUAUCUUUUGUGAUUUCUGAAAACUAGUAUUACAUAUGAUCUUGUACAGUAUUUAUUUGUGUUUUUUUUUUGUUUGUUUUUUUAAGUUUAUUGAAGCUUUGAAACGAUACCACAUGGUGCCCUGCUGGGCCUGAGGACCGCGGGCGUCUGCCGUCAAAGGGGAAACCACUGGCCUCACAUUGUUCCAGCAGCACAAUCACCUGUCCUUUUAUCUCUACUAAAGUGCUCUAUGAACAUGUUGUGACAGUUACGAUGAAGAAUAUAAAAUAUGUUGCAUUCAU